AGAGUGGCCGGCUGGCGCGGUCUAGGACAGUGAAAGUAUUCCACAACGAGACGGUUCGAAGGAGGGGGCAGCAAGAUCUCGAUUCUCCAUUUGAGAGGCGCAUGUUUCUGGGUCGCAAACCUUCAGCCAAAACAUACACACAAGGAUAUCCUAUCCAAGAGCUGCCUUGUGAAGGCUGGGACUGGGACGAGCUACACAGAUGGGAAAGACAGAAGGAGAGACAGGGGCAGACGGCAGCAUGGCGUCUAUCGCUGACUACUACGCAGGCAAGGACGUGCUGAUCACUGGCGCCACGGGCUUCAUGGGCAAGGUGCUGGUGGAGAAACUGCUGCGGUCCUGUCCAGAGGUCCGAACCCUCUACCUCCUGGUCAGGCCCAAGGCUGGACAGUCCAUGCAGGAACGGGUCAGCGUCAUGAUGAAGUGCAAGCUGUUUGACCGUGUGAGGGAGGACAACCCAGACUUCCACCAGAAGAUAGUUCCUAUCAGCAGUGAGUUGACACAGCCUGGCCUGGCCAUCAGUCCUGAGGACGUAGAGAGACUGACCUCCUGCAUCAACAUCGUCUUCCACUGUGCUGCCACCAUCCGCUUCGACGAACCCCUCAAACACGCCCUGCAGCUGAAUGUUAUGGCCACGCAGCAGCUCCUGAGUCUGGCCCAGCAGAUGCACCACCUCCAGGCCUUCAUCCACAUCUCCACAGCCUACGCUAACUGCAACCGCAGGCACAUCGACGAGAUCAUCUACCCACCGCCUGUAGAGCCCAAGAAGCUCAUCGACUCCCUGGAGUGGAUGGAGGACAGCAUCGUCCGUGACAUCACGCCUCGCCUCAUUGGGGACCGCCCCAACACCUACACCUACACCAAAGCCCUGGCAGAGUGCGUGGUCCAGAAGGAGAGCGGCAAGCUCAGCAUCGGCAUCAUCAGACCCUCCAUAGUGGGAGCCAGCUGGCAGGAGCCUUUCCCUGGCUGGAUCGACAACUUCAAUGGACCAAGCGGAGUCUUCAUCGCUGCGGGGAAGGGCAUCCUGCGCACCAUGAGAGCCAACAAUGAUGCGGUGGCUGACCUCAUCCCCGUCGACGUGGUCAUCAACCUGACCCUGGCCGCUGGCUGGUACACGGCAGUGCACAGACCCAAAACAGCUCUGGUCUACAACUGCACAACGGGUGGCAUCAACCCUUUCCACUGGGGAGAGAUCGAGCACCAUGUGAUGUCCAGCUUCAAGAGGAACCCUCUGGAGCAGGCUUUCAGAAGGCCCAAUGCCAACAUCACCUCCAACUACCUGAUGAACCAGUACUGGAUCCUGGUCAGCCACAAGUUCCCUGCCCUCAUCUACGACCUCUACCUGAGACUGUCUGGACAGAAGCCCCAAAUGAUGCGUAUCUUCAACCGGCUGCACAAGGCCAUCGGCCUGCUGGAGUACUUCAGCAGUCAGGACUGGGAGUGGAACUCCGAGAACAUGAACAUGCUGAUGAGCCACCUCAGCCCUGAGGACAGGAAGACAUUCAACUUUGACGUGCGUCAGCUGAACUGGCCAGAGUACAUAGAGAACUACUGCAUCGGCACCAAGAAGUACGUUCUGAAUGAAGACAUGUCAGACAUCCCUGCAGCCAGGCAACACCUCAGGAAGCUGAGGAACAUCCGCUACACAUUCAACACUCUACUGCUGGUGUUCAUCUGGAGGGUGUUCAUCGCCCGCUCCCAGAUGGCCAGGAACAUCUGGUACUUUGUGGUCAGCCUCUGCUUCAAGUUCCUCUCCUACUUCAGGGCCUCCAGCACACUCACCAACUGAUAACCAACUGACCGUUGACCAGCUGACCGCCUCCUCAACCAGACAACACCCCUCAGACCUCCAGCAGUACACAACCCCACUCCUCAACCAGACGACACCCCUCAGACCUCCAGCAGUACACCACCCCACUCCUCAACCAGACGACACCCCUCAGACCUCCAGCAGCACACAACCCCACUCCUCAACCAGACAACAUCCCUCAGACCUCCAGCAGCACACAACCCCACUCCUCAACCAGACGACACCCCUCAGACCUCCAGCAGUACACAACCCCACUCCUCAACCAGACAUUGUUCCUUCUGAUCCUGUUGUACGUCAUACAGUGAAACGACUAUGUAAGUGUUAUUUAUUUUCUAACUACUGCUUUUCUUAAAGCGACAGAUUACAUAUGCAACAAUAAACGCAUUGUAUACUCUC